AUUGGAGAAAAUCAUGGUGGUGCUACUCUUUGAUUGAUUGAGCACAUGAGAGAGAGAGAGAGAGAGAAACUUCUUACUGCUUCCUCUCCCUACAUUUGUUAACAAUAAUAUGCGUGUGUGUAACUAUAUAUACACCACACUUAUACACUGAUAAACUACAUGUAAUAAAGUCACAAGCUUUGGACACCAAAUUUCUCUCUCAAAGCUUUGGACACCAAAUCUCUCUCUCUCCUCUCUCUCUCUCUCUGGACACCAAACCUCUCUCUCUCUCUCUCUCUCUCUCUCUCUCUCUCUCUCUCUAAUCACUACUCCCUUUCUAUUACUGGCAUUUCUCAAUCUUAACUAGCUAGCUUGCUUUUCCACUACACACCCCUUUUCAUCAUUUUCAUAUUGCACAUACACACAUCUUUGCAGUAUGUAAAUUUUUGUGGUUUAUAUUCAACAUCAUUUUGUCAUAUAGCCUUGACCCUCUUGCUUUAUUUUCUGUUUUUAGGGAUCUAGGGGUUAUCUUCAAGUGAAUGGUAUUGCUGUGAUUUUUAAGAUUUGGGUUUUGUUAUAAAGUUGGGAUUGGGAGAGUUCCUUGGGUUCUGUGUGAUUUUGUAUGAGCUGCAUUUUUUGUGGGUUUAGGCGACAAUGGGUGGUUAAAGAUUUGAUCUUUAAGGAUUUUUGGGUCAAGUUCUUGAAGAUUAGGAUUGGAUGAUGCUUAAAACCUUGGUGUUUUGUUGUGGAACUGGAUUUGGUUGAAGGGUAUCAAAAAGAUUUUUACUUGGUUUUGUUUAAUUUCAACAAGAUUUUGCUAGAUUUUCUUGGGUUUUAAAGUGGUAUUAAUUAAUUUGGGGGGUUGUUGGGGGAAAAGAGAAAGUGAUUAUGGUGGUUUGGGGUGCAAAAGGAGUGAAGUUGGAAUCUUUUCAGCACUAUUGGUAUCUGGCUGUUGGGAAAUUUUUACUAAAUUAUUGGAUUUGAUAAUUGGCUUUGGUUUGCCUUUGUGAGUGAAGGUAAAGAUGGAAUCUGCAAACAUGAGGCUGUCUCCCAGUGGUUUCAAUCAGCAGUCACCUGAAGGGGAAAAGAGUUGUCUUAAUUCAGAACUUUGGCAUGCCUGUGCCGGCCCUCUUGUUUCGCUUCCUGCAGUUGGAAGCCGUGUGGUGUAUUUUCCUCAAGGACACAGUGAGCAGGUUGCUGCAUCGACAAACAGAGAAGUGGACUGUCAUAUCCCCAAUUACCCAAGUUUACCUCCACAGCUCAUCUGUCAGCUCCACAAUCUGACUAUGCAUGCUGAUGUUGAGACUGAUGAAGUUUAUGCUCAGAUGACUUUACAACCGCUAAAUCCACAAGAGCAAAAGGAAGCUUUCCUUCCAGCAGACUUGGGUGGUACCAGCAAACAACCCACUAACUAUUUCUGUAAAACACUGACAGCAAGUGACACUAGUACUCAUGGCGGGUUUUCAGUUCCUCGCCGUGCAGCUGAAAAAGUUUUUCCUCCACUGGACUUCUCCCAGCAGCCUCCUGCCCAAGAAUUGAUUGCAAGAGAUUUACAUGAUAAUGAAUGGAAAUUCAGACAUAUAUUUCGUGGCCAACCAAAGCGACAUCUACUUACAACUGGAUGGAGUGUGUUUGUAAGUGCAAAGAGGCUUGUUGCUGGUGAUGCUGUGAUUUUUAUAUGGAACGAGAAGAAUCAAUUAUUUCUUGGUAUUCGGCGUGCCAACCGACCACAAACUGUUAUGCCUUCAUCAGUUCUAUCAAGUGACAGUAUGCACUUAGGUCUCCUUGCUGCUGCAGCUCAUGCAGCUUCUACUAACAGCCGUUUCAAUAUUUUCUAUAAUCCUAGGGCAAGUCCAUCGGAAUUUGUCAUACCUCUUGCCAAGUAUGUUAAAGCAGUCUAUCAUACUCGUGUUUCAGUUGGAAUGCGCUUUCGGAUGCUGUUUGAAACAGAGGAAUCGAGUGUUCGUCGAUAUAUGGGCACAAUAACUGGCAUUAGUGACCUGGAUUCUGUUCGGUGGCCGAACUCUCAUUGGCGUUCAGUAAAGGUCGGAUGGGAUGAGUCUACAGCUGGGGAGAGGCAGCCAAGAGUGUCCCUCUGGGAAAUUGAACCUUUGACAACAUUCCCAAUGUAUCCCUCCCCGUUCCCUCUCAGGCUCAAGCGACCAUGGCCACCGGGAUUACCCUCUUUUAAUGGAAUGAAAGAUGACGAGCUGGCAUUGAAUUAUCCACUUGCUUGGCUUCGAGGGGAUUCCGGAGACCGAAGUAGUCAAUCUUUUAACUUUCAAGGGCUUGGAGUUUCACCUUUGAUGCAGCCAAGACUGGACGCCUCAAUGGUUGGUAUGCAAACUGCAGAUAUUUACCAGGCCAUGGCUGCUGCCGCUCUUCAGGAUAUGAGAGCGGUUGAUUCUUCCAAACAAACAAACCCAUCACUUCUGCAAUUCCAGCAGGCUCAAGGAGGUUCUAGUAGAUCGGCUGGUUUAAUACAUAACCAGAUGAUGCAACAGUCACAGCCUCAACCCCUAUUUCUUCAGAAUCUUGGUGAACACCAUUCUCUAGCUCACAGUCAGUCUCAACUUCUUCAGCAGCAACAGCAUCAGCAGGGAUUGCAGCAUCUGAAUCAACAACAGCAGCAACAGCAACUACCUAUACGUUCACAGCAAGAGCAGUUGGUUGAUGGUCAUCAGGUUCCCACUGCUGUCCCUCUCUUGUCCCAGUUUGGUUCUCCCACUCAGUCAUCUUCAUUCCAGACCAUGUCUUCCAUGCAACAGCAGAACUUUUCCAAUUCAAAUGCGAUCCCUGCAGCAAGUCCUGUUGUUUCUCCUCUGCACAGUCUUCUAGGUUCAUUUCCCCAGGAUGAAGCAUCCCAGCUUAUUAAUUUUCCUAGGUCCAGUGCUUUACUAACAUCUUCAGGCUGGCCUGCUAAACGAGUUGCAGUUGAUCCUCUUCUAUCCUCUGCAGCAGCACAAGGUGGUAUGCCUUCGAUGGAACAGUUAGGGUCUCUCCAUUCGAACUUCGUUCAAAGUGCUGUUUCAUUACCCCCAUUUCCUGGUAAGGAUUGUGCAAUUGAUCAAGAUGGAAGCAAUGACCCGCAAAGCCAUCUUCUUUUUGGGGUCAAUAUAGAUUCAACAUCUCUCCUUAUGCAAAAUGGAAUUCCCAGCCUUAGAGGAGUUGGUAAUGAUGGAGAUUCCACGACCAUACCUUUUGCCUCUAACUACAUGAGUACUUCAAGUGCCGACUAUUCAAUCAAUCCAUCAAUGACACCCACCAGUUGUAUUGAUGAGUCUAGUUUCCUGCAGUCUCCUGAUGAUGCAGGGCAGACAAACCCCUCCACCAAAACCUUUGUUAAGGUUUACAAGUCAGGGUCCUUUGGGCGGUCACUAGAUAUAGCCAAAUUUAGCAGUUAUCAUGAGCUGCGUAGUGAACUUGCCCAUAUGUUUGGCCUUGAAGGCCAAUUGGAGGAUCCUUUAAGAUCAGGCUGGCAGCUUGUAUUUGUUGACCGGGAGAAUGACGUUCUUCUCCUUGGCGACGACCCAUGGCCGGAGUUCGUAAGCAGUGUCUGGUGCAUAAAAAUACUCUCACCACAAGAGGUGCAGCAGAUGGGUAAAGAAGGGCUAGAGCUUUUGAAUUCUGUUCCAGUUCAAAGGCUCUCCAACACCGGCUGUGACAACUACGCGAGCCAACAGGAGUCAAGGAAUUUGAGCACAGGGAUUGCCUCUGUUGGUUCUCUUGACUACUGAAACAUUUGAAGCACUUAAGCUACCAUCUCAAAUGUAAUACUAUAAUUUCUUCCUUAGCCCUAGUAUAGUUGGAAGAAAUGCCUGAUUCUAGUUAUAAGAUUUUCGGAGCUAAUGUUGUAAUUAUGAUAUUUUAUGUAUUUCUAUUUUGUUUAUUUUUUCUUUCUAAAAAGUAGAUGACAUUUGUAAAGAUAAUGAAGGCUUAUCAAUCUGACUUUUUCAAUUAGUA